CAAAGGACCUGGCGAUCGAGCCGGAGUUCGACCAAGCGAUCGGUUUCUCAGAAACGAUGGACACGGAGCUCGGAGCGGACAGCUGCGCCUACCGGAUGUUCAUCCAAGAUCAUCUUGCUUCGUCGUCGGCGAUCAACGAUGCACGUUGUCCACCCAAUCAAUCCCAAUUCGAUGAAAUUGAGCAUAUCGAUGACAGUGAUUACGAUAACUAUGUGACAUUAACUCAAGGAAACUGUAAACCGGAACUGCCCAUUGACGACCUUCAUAUUUCGAACCACCAGAUCGAGACCGAGAAGAAGAAGAGAAAACGGACAAGCCGUCGGUUGUCGGUGAACCGAUUGAAAGGUGAGAACAGUAAUUUGAAGAAAAAGUUGAAGCAAGUCCAGAAGGCUUCGUCUGAGGACGAAAAGUUGGGUAGGCGGGCAAGAAAAAAUCCGGUUAUCCUGGACACGUUGCGAAAUGCCGGCAAGUCCGCACAUGGCAGACGGUAUAGUCGUGCUACGAUAAAGUUUGCCUCAGGGCUUUAUCUAAACGGACCUCGCUCGUAUCGGCACUUGAGAAAAACAAAUGUAUUGACGCUCCCGCACAAGACCACUGUUCACCGGUUUAACCGGGACACGCGGUUGGGCGCCGGCAUUAACAGGACGAUCGUGCGCAAAAUGGGACAACGGACGAAGAAGAUGAAGCCCCGUGACAAAGUUCCGUUUGGGUACGUGCUGGCACACAACACUAUGAACAGCAAAGCCCAGUUGAAUUUCUUGAAGAAGUCAGUACGGAGCCUCCGGGAAAUUGGACUCAGACCGAUUUCUGUUACAAUGGAUCAGAGCAGAUCAGACGACCGCCUAUUGCUUAACAUCGACGAUCAGCCAGUCCUCCUACGAUCCUCCCCAUACAUUCGAAAAUUAUACAAUAAGUACAUGGAGGGAUCAUUGAGACUUGUCCCAAAACUGACUCAGAAAAGCUUGUUCCUCCCGCCGUUUUUAAGCAUGAACGUGGCGUUGGCUGUGCGUGUUUUGAGCGCAUCGACUGGCGGUGGAAUCAGAUACUACGUGCAAACUGGUGAUCUAACCGAAGAGUGCCUGCACACAGCUGAAUUCGUCGAGUUUCACGACAAACUGUUCGACGUAAUGAACUCCAAGGAAAAGUAUGCGGAUUCGGUCGGAAAACCAUUCCGAACACCAAUUUCCGAAGGUUCAAUCCAUCAUGACUUUAUGCGUGCCGCUCUUCAAAAGUUGAAAAAUAUGUAUUUCGUACCCAACACGUGUUUCAACAUUGAAGAGGCCGAGGAAGCAGCCAAAACCUUGAAGAGUUCCCAGCGAAACCCACCCUAUUUGAGCGGAAUGAUUCAAAACAUUUACGCAAUACUUUGGAUAUGGAACAAAUUGAGAAGCGACUAUGGAUAUUUGUGCACUAAUCCGUUGGAUCAAGAUUGGAAAAUCUGUGCUAUAACCAACUUGAUAGCGACGGCUAAGCAGCAGAAAGGACAACUGAACUGGGUGUUCUAUGCUGUGCUAUAUUUGAGGCAUUCGCAUGGAGACGGCGAUCUUAGCGGAUUGCAGACUGGAUUUCGUCCAGGUACUGAACCGGGAAAGGAAGUGGUCCCGUAUGUAGGCGGGUCUUCUAAUAUGUCACUGUCGACCAUCGGCACACCAUAA